UUGAUUGACAGGUCCUAUCAGCCAAUCAGAAUGCAGGGCUGAUAAGCCGUGUUGCUAUCCGCCAUUUUGUCCGUCAAACUGACCAGAGUCCGUCAUAUACAUGCGCUGGCAAUUCCUCGCCUUUUUAAGUAUUAUGGUAAAAAGGUGUUGUCAUGGCACUUGUAAUUCGGAUACAAGGUAGCCAGGCCGACUUAGAAUGGCUUCCAAUUCGUUCCGUAUUCGAAACCAGCGAGUUAUUUAGAAAAAUACAAGUGCUGUAUCAGACUCUGUGGAAGACCUCAUCAACAGCUGAACUUGGAAAUUUUGAAAGAUCGUUCAAAGGCGAAACAUCUAUACGUCUCACUUUGUCGACGGGAAAUCCAAUCAAGAAAACCCUGACCCUCAAGCAGCUACUGUAUUUGACCAGCUCACACCAGCUAGGCCUCCUCCAAAACUCAAAUAAAUAUUUGAGCCACCAAAAAAAUACGAGAACAGAUCGGUCUGAAUCGUUAAGAACUGAAGCUAACAUCAUAGAGGUACAUCCUUCCAAGAAUCCAUCAAAACAACAUGCUGAACAACUUCAAGAACUCUCUUCAAAAGACCACACUUUCCUGAAAUAAAUAAAAGAUGCCAAUAUUAAAAUAAAUCAGUUACAUGUAUUGUUAAAUAUUUUAAUACUAGCUGUAAAUGCUACUGCCUUUGAUGUUUGCUUCCUACAUGUAUAUCAUAAUGAAAUAUUGACAAGAUAAUAGCUAAUGUUU